CUGACUGUGGGAGCCAGACGAGAGCGCAGUACGUUCCCCGCAGCAGCUGCGAAGUGCCUGGUCUUCCUCUGGGCUGCGGGACUCCGAUAACUACUGAACCGGUCCUGGAGGACGGAGGCGGGGGGACAAAAAAACGGAAAACUGGAGAGCUACGAAGGGACGAGUGAUACUGUCACUUACUUCUAACGAGCCGGGACUAGUCCAGACACGGAUCAUCUCCGGAAUAGAAAGGCUACACCGAUGUAUGCACUGGAUUAUAACCACCACGGAGAGUUAGGACGAGGAAAAGAGUGGAUUUUAUCGAGCAGGGCUGUCGGGAUUUAGGUGUGCACCGAGGAGACCAUGGAUAAAACUUUGCUUAAACAGCCGAAAGAGAGCGGCGAUAAAGUCCUGGACAGCGUGCCGACGGGACUCUCUCUGGACGUGAGUUUAAACAUGGACGAGAGAGAGGAUUUCACGGAACAGCAGAUAGUCGGACUCCCGGACAAGAUCCCCCUGGUGAAACCCUAUUUCAAAAAGAAACACGGGCAGAGAAAAAUCGACGCCAAAUGUCUGCACCGGGCCCUGGAGGAUCCUAUUUUAACCACUUUGCUGACGGCGGACACUCUGGUCACUGGGGACGGGGUGUUCGUCUCCCACAGGCAGCCAAGUCGGACGCCGGGCAGCCUGUGCGCCGCGGCCGUGGUCAAACAGACCUGUAUCGGCCAGGUGUGUCUGAAGGACGCGGGCACCGCCGCCGCGGUGACCGGGCUGAUGGGCCACGACGCGGACCAGGAGAUGACUGACGACACCACGGUGGAGCUGGAGGAGACGGAGAGGCCGAAGCUGACGGAGCUGGACCUCCAGAUGGGGUCUAAUCCCAAAACCCACUGUUUCCAGUUGAAAUCGGCUCUCCGGCCGCACGACGUGGGGGCCGCGACCGUGGCGACGAUGACAAUAAUGCCCCCCACCCCGGACGCAAGUUUAGUAGCACCCCCGCCUCCUCUUCAAGAGAAGGGCAUUAAAACCAGUGACCUCUUCGCCUCUGAAGCCUUGCAGGGGACCAAUUGCCUCCCCAUCAAAGACAGUGGCGGUCCCCCUCCCAGCCUCCAUGCCUCUCAGCUCAGCAAAGAGGUGAUAUUUCAGGAUAAAAGCGAAGAGGCCUCUCUGGACCUGGUCUUUGAGCUCCUCACACAGCUUCAGUAUCACACACACCAAGCAGACCUUGUCCCCAUUUGUGUAGAUUUCCUGCAAGGGCUGUGUGUGUACGGCAGCGAUUGCGCCCACCACCACACCGUGUUGCCCUACCACUGGCAAAUUCACAGAAGCAGCACUCAGACCUGGCAGAGCAUAGCAGACGACGCUCAGGAACAGUUGGAGAGACUAUACUGCAACCCGGACAAUGAACAAGUCAGGCUCAAAUUUCAGGGUCGAGUAUUCUCCUUAGACUUCGGGACAAUGCGAGUGUGUGACCUGGAGUUUGACAGUGUUCGACGACUGACCACUCCCCCAAGCCCUUUAAGCACGCCAGCAAACCCAAACCCCGCCCUGAACUGUCACACAGUGUGGAAAUACUACUGCAGAGACAACUUUGGCUGGAGAGAAUACUCUGAGCCGGUGGUGAAACUGAUAGAGGAGGCAAGUGGCAGGGGUCUGAAGGAGGUGCGAUUCAUUACGCUCCAGAACCAGUAUAUCCUCAACAUCAGGGAGGGCUUCCAGCAGAAUGCCGUCUUUGGUUUCAGGCGCCAGAUCAAGAAGCGGCCCAUGUUUAUGUCCUCUGUGGUUCUCACACCCCACCUACAGACUUUGGGUGGCCUCUCUUCAUCUGCUCUCCCAUCCUCAUCAUCUCCCUCCUCUUCUUCUACUUUCUCUGUGGAUCUGUCCAUGUCACAUCCUCUGUCGCCAACCUCCACCAACUCCCCCAGCCUUUUCCCGGAGACAUGGUUGCCCAUGACGACGAACCAGGACUUCCUGCAGGUGCCAGUCUCUCGUGAUGACCGUAGCUACCGGACGGUGUACAGCCUGUUCCAUAAGACGGUGUCGGAGACCAAGUUCAGGAUCCUCAAGAUCCUCCGUGUUCAGAACCCAUUUCUCUGGGAGAAGUACAAGAGGAAGAAGGAAUACAUGUCACGGCGUCUGACUGGGAUGGAGAGGCUGCUGAGUGAACGCCACUUGUUCCACGGUACAUCGGCAGAUGUGGUGGAGGGUAUCUGCAAGCACAACUUCGACCCGCGCGUCUGCGGCAAGCACGCCACUAUGUUCGGGCAGGGCUCCUAUUUUGCCCGCAAGGCCGUCUACUCCCACAACUUCUCUAAGCGCUCGCCCAAAGGUGUCCACUGUAUGUUCCUGGCUAAGGUCCUCACUGGCAGGUUCACUGUGGGAAACCCUUCCAUGCGACGUCCUCCACCCAUCAGCCCCCGCGACCCCUCCAGUGACCUCUAUGACUCCUGCGUGGACAACUGGGUUGAUCCCCAGAUCUACGUCAUCUUCAAUGAUGACCAAAGUUACCCCUACUUUAUCAUCCAAUACGAGGAGGUUCCCAGCACAGUCACCAUCUAAGCACCAGAUCAAAUCUCGGUCGAGUUGUAUUCGCAACUUGUGUUAACGGUUUGUUUUAGCCCGCUUAUGUGCUGGAUGAGCAGGGUCGCCUCAUAAGGCAAUAAGCAGACUUAUUAAGAGUGUGAAAACUCAAAAUAGUUUGAAUUCAAACUCAAACAUACUUAAUUCAAACUCAAACUCAGUUAAUUCAAACACAAAGUGUUUGAAUUAAUUGAGAAUGUGCCUGACACUACUUGACUGAAUUGUCUUGAUGUGGUUAGCCAGCCAUAUCUGGCACUCAACACAGGUUAAAACAAAUGCUAAAAUUGAUUAGCAAAUACCAUAUGGCCCCAGGUAUGCACUGGACCAAGAUCAAACCUACACAUCUGCAUUACUAACAAGUCGCAUUAAACUGGACUUAACCAGAAGAUCAGCUCUGCUUUGUCGUCCAGUACCAAGAAGCCCCAUUUUCACUGAAGCUGUCUUCAAAGACCAGACCAGACCAGACCAGAUCAAACAGGCCGAAACCAGAGUAAACUGGUCAAAAACCGGACUGGACUAAAGCAACACCUGUUUCAUCCAGUAUUAUGAGGUUCCUGGCACUGAGGAUACUUGAGACCACACUGGACUGGACUUUGCCAGGUCAAACCAGACUAAACUGGCCCAAACGGGACGGAGCAGGCAUAACCCUACUUCUGUAUGAAGAGGUAGCUAGUACAGAACACUGGACCAGAAAGAACUUUGUCUAAAUCAUGUUAAUCUGGACCAGAACAAGGAAAAAAAGCAAACCUAAUCCCUUAAUCAUUUUAAGUUGGUACCUUGUGGUUGGUAUCAUGUGGCUAUCUGAAUGUGGCUUAAUAUCACGGCCCAACUGUUUCCCAACUCAGCAGUAGAAAGUAGUGCCUCGCCAUUACUGUAAUUGACCGACUGGCUGGAUUCUCCUUAGGAAGCAGUAACCAAAAUUGCCAGGCCCUCCACACUAGCAUAGUUAUCAUGGUGAUAUUCCGACCCACCCUGUUCCCCUGAAUACGGAAAGCGUAGUGAUAGUACACCCGGCCUUUCCCUAACAUGAGUUUUUGAGUAUAUGUGCUGUGUGUUUGAAUAUUUGACUUUAGUGGACAGCAACCUUGUGGCCUCCUCAACAGGAAAAUGGACAUGAAAUUCAGUCAGACUCAGUGCGUCCCAAAUUGAUAUUUACAAAUCCAGCCUGCCAUUUUGGGGCUCGUGGAGAGGACUUGCACCAAGACCGUACUGUUUGGAGAGGACGUUUUGCCUCGCCACCCGCCAUUUUGGUUUUUCAUGGGGGGUUAAAGUGUGUACAGUUUCACUGAGAUUCGAUGCUGCCGCGACAGCGUAGUGUUUCGUUAUUUUCAAAAAAUAAAAAACCAAACUUCCUGAAUCGUAUCUAUCUCUCGGACCGCUAUCUCUCUUUGAGAGACAGUAGACAUGCUUUGUCAAAACAAACUGUACAGAUGUUCUCCUUGUUAAUAUUUGAACUGUGUGCCUUUUGUUCAUAAAAAAUGUUUAUUUAUGUUAGUUUAAUGUAACAUUGAUUAAAUAAAGAAUCUAAAA